CGUCGACAACAAGCUUAGUAACAAGCAUGAGAUUAUUAAUGUAAUAAAACUUCGAUUGCUUACUGAUGAUAUAGUUUUAUGAUCAUCUAUAUUUAGCUUACCUGGUUAUACUAUAUAAAGGUUUUCUUCAACCGGGAAUUUGAGAACAGAGAAUAAAAGUUCAGCAAAUAAAGAAGUCACAACUCCAAUCCUCAGUCGUCCAAAGCUGGUGCAGUUCGUCACCAUUUUCAAUUGCGACACAUACCAAUAUAACGUACUCUUUAAAACACUUUCAAGAACAAUGUCUAAAGACCAAUAUCUCUCUGGCAAAGUGGCCAUUGUGACUGGAUCCUCAAAGCUCUCCGGGAUAGGAGCCGCGACUGCCAUUGCAUUGGCUGAACAUGGUGCAAAUGUGGCUUUACACUACAGCUCUAAUGCCGCUGCAGCUCAGGAAGUGGUUAACAAGAUCAAAAGCUUCGGCGUCCAAGCAACUGCCAUCCAAGCGGAUGCUUCUUCCGUAGAUUUCGGCACGGCUCUAGUCUCCGGAACUCUCAAGGCAUUUAAUACGAAAAAAAUCGAUAUUCUAGUGAACAAUGCUGGAACUGCGGUCAUCCAUGAUGGCGCUGCCGAGGUACCCGUGGAUGUUUGGGAUAACAUUUUCCGAGUGAACGUCCGUGGUCCAUUUCUUCUUAUCCAAGCCGCCUUACCAUAUAUGAGCAGUGGUGGGCGUAUUGUCAAUAUUUCCAGCAUCAUCGCAAAAUUGGGAUCGUAUAUGCUUCCGGUCUACGGGGCUUCUAAAGGGGCAAUGGCAUCGAUGUCAUCUGCGCUAGCAGAAGAACUAGGACCCAAAGGAAUAACCAUCAAUGUCGUAUCUCCUGGUCCGAUAAAGACCGAUCUGAGUAUGCAGGGAUCCCCAGUAGCUGCAAGGCUAGAGAGAAACCAACACAUCAAGAGAGAAGGAACCACCGAAGAAGUUGCGGCUACGAUUCUCUUUUUGUCAAGUCCAGCCAGUGGCUAUAUUACUGCCCAGAAUAUUUACGUCGAUGGAGGCAUUAACAACCCAUGA